UUGAUUUAUCAGUCUAUGCUAUGGCUCAAGCCAUUCUAUUGUUAACCCCAUGUUUAUUUUCUACAAAAUUAACUAAAAAGAGCGAAAACAUAUCAACAGCAGCGUACACCAGCGAUUGGCUAAACGGCAGUACCUCCUUUAAAAAAAUGUUGGUACUAAUUAUUUUGAGGUCUCAAAAACCGAUGAGAUUCUAUGCCGCAAACUUCUUUGAGUUGUCUCUUACAACGUUUGUUGCGAUUCUAAAGGCCUCUUAUUCUUAUUUUGCUCUAAUGAAUAAGAUGAGCAACAAGAACCAAGGUUAAAAUUAGGCAAUUAUUAAGCCUAAAU